AUGAGAUUCAAGACGGAGUUGAAGAACAUCCGCACCUUCAACAAGCUGAUCGCAGCCCUCAACUCCCUCGAGAAGAUCGCCUGGGUCCGUCUCGACGAUGAGACAGCCCGUUUCACCGUGAUCCCGGAGACGGGGUCGCAAGUCUGGGCCUCCCUCUCCAUGGACUUCAUCUUCAACGACUACCACAUCCAAUCCGCCGAGCCCUCCAACACCAUCAACCUCGAGCUGCCCCUCAACCCGCUCCAGCGGGCCCUCAAGUCCGCCAUCAACAGCGACCACGCCACCCUGCGCCUGACCAAAAAGGACGGCAUCCCCGUGCUCUCCAUGACCAUUCACACCACACCCGAUCAACGCGCCAACGAGCCCCGGUCCGGGAUCCCCUUCCACAACCACCGCACGACCGCCGCCCAGCACUCGCACGGCGGCGAGGACGAGCACGACGACGAAGGGGCCGACCCCUUUGGCGAAGUCGACAUGGAGGCCCUGGAGCUGACCAUGAAGCGCGAGCGCGAGAAGGUCAUCACCCAGGACAUCCCCGUGCGCGUCCUGCACCCGGACACCGUCGAGACCAUCAUGCAGCCCAAGGUCCGCGAGCCCGAGGUGCACAUCCAGCUGCCGCCGCUGAUGCAGCUCAAGGCCAUCUCCGACAGGUUCACCAAGCUGGCGACCACCAGUACCACAGCCACAGGUGGCGGCAGCAGCAGCAACCGGGACCGAGGUGGUGGUGGUGGUGGCGGCGGCGGCGGCGGAGGCAGUCCCAAGCUGGAGCUCAGCGCCAACAUGCACGGCGGCCUACGCCUGCGCAUCGCGACCGAGGCGCUGAACAUCGAGAGCGUCUGGCGGAACCUCGACAACCCCCAGCUGGACCCCACCCAGCUGACGGUGCCGAUCGAGCAGCACCCCUCGACCGCCUUCCGGCAGGCCGGCCCGGACAAGUGGGCCACGGUCCGGGUCGACGGCAAGGACUGGAGCAGGGUGCUGAGCGUGGGUCGGCUAGAGGGAAGGGUCAUUGCUUGUUUCGCUGACGACCACGCCCUGAUUUUGUAUGCGUACGUCCCGCAGUUUGACGAUGCGACUGCCGACGACGCAGUCAUCACGUAUUAUGUUUCGUCUUAUAGCGCUUGA